ACUUAGGCUGCAGGACAAUGCUGGUGUUUGUGCAACGGCCCCUGAGUGGCGGCUGGCUCUCUCAGAUCGCUCUCGCUUGACUACCAUUGCUGCAAGCAUUGUUGAAGUGAAAGGAAAGUGGACAGCUUGAUCCUGUCUGUGGGAUGCACCGGCAGAGGCAGUGGGAGAGAGAUUUGUUUGUGGUUUAAUAUACAACAAAGCAGAAAAGCUGGCCAGGAGAUCUAACAUCGGUUGUCUUCACAUUAAAGUCGUCCACUCCUGCCGUACCAGGGAGGAGAAAAAGAAGGCGGCCAAUUGCAGCCACAUUAACAGAAGCAGUGAGCGACUUUUGUGUCGUGGGUGGGCAGGUGAGCUUUGAGCUGUGGUGAGAACUUUUGGAUCUGCACUAUAGUGUGGGAGGGAAGAGGAAGAGGAAAGGGAAGACGAAGAGGAGGGGUACGUGGAGGAGGAGGAGGAGGAAGAGGAGGAGGAGAGGAGGAGAAGUAGUGGGCCUGGAGCCCAAACACAAGCAGGAUGGCGGAGAAGAAAGUUAGCAGCCUCCCUGCUAAGCUGAUUAAUGGGGGCGUGGCAGGCCUGGUUGGUGUGACAUGUGUGUUUCCUAUUGACCUGGCCAAGACCCGCCUGCAGAACCAGCAGGGUGUCCAAGUCUACAAAGGAUUGCUGGACUGCUUGUCAAAGACGGUGCGCUCUGAGGGCUAUUUUGGAUGCUACAGAGGUGCUGCGGUGAACCUCACCUUGGUCACACCAGAGAAAGCCAUCAAGCUGGCUGCCAAUGACGUCUUCAGACAGAAGCUCUCUAGAGAUGGGCAUUUGCCCCUAUGGGGGGAGGUACUGGCAGGCUGUGGGGCUGGGACCUGUCAGGUGGUCGUCACCACUCCCAUGGAGAUGCUUAAGAUCCAGCUGCAGGAUGCAGGAAGGCUCGCUGCCCAGAGGCCUAUUCCAACUCCAGCUCAGGCGGCUGCCCCUGGUCCAGCACCAACAUUGGUUGCCCCCCCACCAAUGCGACCUAGCCCCCCGCCUCGGCCAUCGGCCAUGGGCAUCACUGCGGAGCUGCUGAAGACUAAAGGACUGGCAGGCCUCUACAGGGGGGCAGGAGCCACCUUAAUGAGGGAUGUCCCUUUCUCAAUGAUCUACUUCCCGCUGUUUGCCAACCUAAAUGCGCUGGGCCGUGAAAAAGUGGGAGAUGUGCAGGCCCGGGCGCCAUUCUGGCAGUCGUUUAUGGCAGGCUGCGGCGCAGGCUCAGUGGCAGCUGUGGCUGUUACACCACUGGAUGUCAUCAAGACUCGUCUACAGACCUUGCAGAAAGGUGCGGGCGAGGACACGUACAAAGGAAUUGUUGACUGCACACAGCGCAUCAUGAUGCGGGAGGGCCCAUCAGCAUUCCUGAAGGGUGCAACAUGCCGUGCUCUGGUCAUAGCUCCCCUGUUUGGCAUUGCGCAGGGUGUCUACUUUCUCGGGGUAGGGGAGACGCUGCUAGGUUUGCUGGGCUAGCACAGCUUGGCAAUGAAGGCGGAAGGCUUAUGUUGUCUCUGCGAUGAAUGAAUGACACAACUGAGUGAAAGGUGAAUACUUAAAGAGGAAAAAUACGGCCACCAUCCGUAACCAAAGGACGAGGAAUGGUCUACAAUAUGAAGAGGCUCUAUUUACUAAUAUGUGGACCCAAGGGUUCACUCUAAUCAUGUUUCUCUAGGAUCUCACAUGCUGUCAACAGGGUUCCGUAGGUUGAACGUUAAGGGUCCUGUGUAUGUGUGUGACUAAUCUGAGGGUAUGUGUCCCAAAGUGUCCGGGUUAUCCCUGUGUUGUUACUGCAAUACGUCUGGAGCUGUUCCUUUCACCUUAAGAGAGAUUAUUCUGUCGGGAUAAGAGACUGCUGCAUGUUGUUUGAGGCUGCUAACUAAAUUGCCUACUAAUCUGAUCAUUUAUAAAGGUCAGGAUGAAGAAAUGCAUUCUAUGCAAGUGACAAUUCUCAUUUCAAUCUUUAUUUUUAUAAAUCACAACGGUUUAUUGUCAGAGGCUAAUUUGACAUCAAAUGCCAAUCAUUUGGAUUUCCAUGUGUUUUCUCUGGAAAGGGAGCUUAAUCUCCUUCAACCUAGCCUGUUACGCGUCCCUCACACUCCAUCCGUGAGGUCGGAGUUGUAAUCUUGUAUUCCCUCAGUGGAUUGGUGCUGGCUGCCAGAAACACUAAAGUAAUUUGUUAAUCUGAUGGUAAUGCUUUAAUCCCUUGCUUUAGCAUACAAUAUACCCCUAACUCACAGCUCACUUCCUGCCUAAAAGUCACAGGUUAGACUGCCACUGUCUCGUAUAGCCUUCUUCUUUACACAGUGUGGGAGUAGGGUUGCAACGGUCUCACGGUUUACCAUGGUAUUAAAAAUGGCGGUUAUUUUUGCAACGUGCAUUUGCUUUUCUACAGUAUUAAAGAAAAUAAAUGACAUAAAGUAGGAUAGUCGUGCGAGUAAAAUGUUCAGACAGGAGCAGCCUGACUGUGCUCUCGGGCACCUACGAUGUUAAAUUGUUUAUUAUAGGAACAUUUGGACAUAUUUUAUACGAAAACAGAUGAUGCUAUUUUUUAUUUGGUAAUUGUUUUAACAUGCUAUAGUGCUGCUUAAAUGCUUUAUUUAGAAACAUAGUAAUAUGCUAUUUUUGUUAUCAGGUUUGUAAUUAUGUUUAUUGUUAUAAAUGUGUACUGUAACUGAUAAUUACAAUAGUAAUAAUAUAAUUGUGUUAUACCAUGAUUUUUACUAAAUUUAACUAAAAUGAUUGACUAAAAAUGUUAUACCGUUGCAACCCUACUAGAAAGGAUUUAAAUAAAACAUGAAAGAAGCCUGGAGCACUUUUUUUUUUAAAUACAUUGCUUCAAAUAACGUGUACACAAACACUAAAUUAAAAUGCAAUUAAAGCCUUAUCAUUGCUGUACGUUUCUAAAGCAUCAGAACUGUAAGUCUUAAAUGGAUUCGGUGGAAUUGGUGGUGCUGAAACAUUGAUUUGGUCCAACAAUUCUUUCUUGGCCCAUUGUGUUGCCAACUGUCUGCCAUUCCGUAAGUCCACUGGGUGGCACUAAAAGCUUUUUUUUACAUUUUUAAUGCAAGGCACAAUUUGAUAUGGCUUGUCUACCUAGGCUACUACAUUUUCCUCAUUGUAGAGUGAACUUAGCCUGAGUAAAAUGUUUGUUUUCAAGCUGUAAAUAAAGAUAUCUCAUACAUGCUGA